AUGACCACCGUCCCCGCCGACCCCUGUUUCCCCCAUCCCCCUUCCCCCCUCCAGAACGAGUCACACGACCGCUCCCCUCCAAACCCUCGUCACUCACCCGCCUCUCCCGUGCCAACCCCGACUCCGAGUCCCGCAGGUUGGCCCGAGAUCUCCCUCCCCAACAGCGCCCCGGCGUAUACGUCAACGUUCCCCAUCAAUAGCGAGAACAGUGUUUCAUACAUCAAGGUCGAACACAACAGUCCGUCUGCCUGGUCCGAGCCCCGCCAGUCCCGAGACGUCCUCUACGCUGUGCCUUAUCGUCACCCUGAGGAGUGGCACACCGCACACGCUGGUCACACCACGCACGCAGCACACCCAGCUCAUCAGCAACACCAGCAACACCAGCAGCACCAACAGCACCAACAGCACCAGCAGCACCAGCAGCACCAGCAACACUCCUCAAACAAUCCCCACUCGUACCAGCAGUACCAGGCUCACCCCACCCACAACAUCCACCAGACGCCGCAGUACCAGUACUGGAGCGCCCCACCUUAUCCCAACAUGCCACAGCCGCACCAGCAGAACGAAGAGAAGCGGCGCCAAACUGAGAUCCAGAAGCAGCGUCGCCACGUCUGCCCCGUGUGUGACAAGCGGUUCAACCGUCCCAGCUCGCUCAACACGCAUAUGUCUGUACACACCGGUGCGAAACCCUACCAGUGCCUGCGUGAAGGCUGCGGCCGUCGUUUCUCAGUCAGCUCCAACCUUCGUCGCCACGAACGCACUCACGACGCCCGUGCCCGGCCCCAGUCGGCUACGCCCGCCCGUCCCGCCCAGGCGUCAAGCUUCUCUGCCGGCUACUACUCCAGCGGGAACAACUACUACAUGCAGCCUCAGUUCGACUACGCCGUCCCUUCGUCGGAUCUCCGCGACUACGCCGUCGUCGGCCCCGGCGUGGCCAGUACGAGUGCCAACGGAAGCUCGUCGGCCAUGAGCAUCGGCGUUGCGCCGCCCCAGCGUCGCGAGUCAGCCCCCUCCUACUACCAGACUACCCCUGCGCCGUCGUCCACCCCCGCCCAGAUGUUCCACGCCCACAAGUCGAUGCCGACUUGA